CGAGCUCGUGGAAAUGGCGACGACGGUGGUGCCGCUCGCCGCGGCCAUGGCCGCUGCUCCAAGGGCUCGCGCCCUUGGCGCUCCUGAACCAGCUCCGUUUGUCGGGAUCCGCCUUCGCCUCUUUCACUCUCCGCGGGCAGUCGCCUGCGCCCUUCGCCGGCCUUCCAAGUACAAGACUAAAAUUCAGAACGAGGUAGUGGUAGCAAAGGAUGGCACUGAUGGUGGCGAUGACGAUGACGAUGACGACGAGGGUGGGUUGGAAGCACUAUUCAAGCAGCUGGAAGAAGACCUGAAGAACGACGAUUUAUCUGUUGAGGAUGAUGAUGAGGAGGAAAUAUCAGAGGAAGAUAUGGCCAGGUUUGAACAGGUACUGGCAGAAGCCAUUGGAGAUGUCGAAGGUGCUGAUGAACCUGCGGUGGAUUUGGUGUCGGGCUCCAUGGUUGAUGGUAGUGAUGAGGUAACAGAUGCAGUCGAACGGCCAGAGUUGAAAAACUGGCAACUCAAGAGGUUGGCUCGUGCACUGAAAAUAGGUCGCCGUAAAACUAGUAUGAAGAAUCUUGCAGGGGAGCUUGGCCUGGACAGGGGUUUGGUUAUUGAAUUGCUCCGCAAUCCACCUCCAAAACUUCUACUCAUGUCUGAUUCUUUGCCUGACGAAGCCCCUUCUAAACCUGAAAUCAAAGAAAUGCCCUCUCCAGUAGUUGAUGAGGUUGUGGUUGAUGAUGUUGAUGUCACUGAAACCGAGCCGAUGACGGACCUUCCGAUUCAUGUAAUGAGCAACGAAUGGUCUGCGCAGAAAAGGUUGAAAAAGGUGCAACUGGAGACACUAGAAAGAGUUUACCGCAAAUCCAAACGCCCCACUAAUACAAUGAUUAGCAGCAUAGUUCAAGUUACAAGCCUUCCACGAAAGACCAUUAUCAAGUGGUUCGAAGAUAGAAGGGAGCAAGAUGGCGUACCAGACCGCCAUGCUGUAUACAAGAGAUCUGUUUCUGAGACGAUGGCUAGCUGAUAACUUAGAUAAGCUUGGGUUGCAGUGUUCUCUUUGAAGUCUGAACUACGUAGAAAAUGUAAAUUCGAACCAUGAAGUGCAACCAGUUUCACAAGCCCAACAUGGCAUAUCAUUUAUUUAUAUCUUUGCCCUGA